AUGCAAAGCAUUAGUGAAUUUAUCACUAAUAGUGAAAUUAUUUCAGAUAACGAUAUGGACAUUUCAUCUGACGAUUAUAUGGAAGAUGACGAGCAGGAAGAAAUGGAAAUCGCGAAGUUCAGUUUGAGCGAAGAAUGGAUGGAGAAAAUAAGACGAAUUGGGAAUGAUUCUCUAUCAUAUGUACGUGAAUAUAUGGAAGUAGAUUUAAUAGAGGAAGAGAAUGAAGAUUUUUUUGGAGAUGCUUUUCUCUUCGCAGAGUCAAUGUCAUUGAGAAAAAGACAUACGGCUUUAAAUGUUAAAACAAGAGGUUCUUACAGAAAAUAUACUCCUAAACAAGUUGUGAAACUCUUCGAUUUAAUAAUCGAAGAAGGAUUCGCAGUAAAAAUUGCAGCUUUAGCCACUGGGGUUAAUGUACGCACUGCCCAGAAUUACGUUAAAACUUAUAACAAUGAUCCUGAGAGACGACUCCCAGGAUCUUAUUCUAAACCUCGUGGAAGACCUCGUAAUAAGUUGACUGAUAUCGAAAAGAAUACCACUGAGUUAAAGUUAAAACUUUGUAAGAAAUUUGAGGGUUUGAAAAUCUCUAUUUCUGCCAGCCACAAACAUUUAGUACAUAAGCAUAACAUUACGUUAAAGAAACUUGUAAAAAUACCAGCAGCAAGAAAUUCAGACAGAGUGCAAUUUCUCAAGCAGGUAUCAUAAAUAUUUGAGUUAAAGAACCAGAAUCAGCUUCUUCUAAAAAAGAAGGGCAGAUGGUAAGGAAGCAAAAAUAAAUGGCGAAGUUGGGACAAGAUCUGAACACUUUAUGGCCUAUCUAAACAACGUAAUGGAUACACUAGAUAAAAAUAAUAUAAAGGGGCAGUAUAUUGUUAUGGAUAAUGCACCUAUUCACAAGCCAAAAGUAAUCAAAGCAUUAAUCGAAGAACGAGGAAAUAAGUGCAUACAUUUGCCACCAUAUUCUUCUUUCUUGAAUCCAAUCGAGGAAUUUUGGUCAAAAAUAAAAGCUGGUGUUUGAAGAACACCAUUUUGACGGCAGAGGAUCGUUUCACAGAUCGUAUAUGUGAAUCAGCUGGUAAAGUAACAAAAAAAGAUUGUGAAGGAUGGAAUAAGCAUUC